AUGGAGUGUAAUAAUAACGAUCAUCAACAACUUUCAAACCCUUAUGCUAUCGAACUAAAUAAUGUUACCAUUCGCUUAAGUAACAAAGAUAUUUUAAAAUCAAUUACUCUUGCUAUUGAGCAAGGUGGAAUUUUUGCUUUACUUGGUCCGAGCGGUUGUGGAAAAACAACUCUAAUACGUACGUUGGUUGGUCGUUUACAUCCUAUUAAUAAUCAUGAUGGAACACGAGGAAAAAUAUCGAUUCUUGGUAAAGAUCCUCAUGCAUACGGUCAACUUGUUGGAUUUAUGCCUCAAGAAAUGGCAUUACAUUUCGCAAAUACGAUUGAUGAGGAACUUUAUUUCUAUGGUCGUUUAGCAAAUAUGCCUAGUGAAAAGAUUCAACAACGAUGUCAAUUUUUAAUGAAUCUUCUUGAAUUAUCACAUAAACGAAAAUUAAUUUUUAAAUUAAGUGGCGGACAACAGAGACGUGUUUCAUUUGCAAUUGCUCUUUUGCACGAACCGAGGUUACUUAUUUUAGAUGAACCAACUGUUGGUGUUGAUCCACUUUUAAGAAGAAAUCUUGAAGGUGUCUUUCUUGAACUAUGUGAACGACGUCAGAUGUUAGACAUCCAAUUUCAAGGAAAAGAAAAACUCCAUCAUCAUAAAUCUUUAACAAUUGCAAAUAAAAUUUGUCAUUCUUGUCAAUCAGUCAAACGCCCAUGCUGUAAGAAAAAUUCAUGUUGUCUUGCACUUCGUUCUUGUUCACGCCCAUCUACUGGUCGAUCUCUUUAUGCACUUCUUAUAAAAGAUAUUAUUAAAUUUCAACGAAACCCAUUUAUGCUUAUUAUUCAAUUUCUUGUACCAAUCCUACAAAUAACUUUAUUUUGUUUAUGUGUUGGACGAAAAUUAACUAAUAUUCCAAUGGGAUUUAUUUCACGUGAAACUAUUCGAUCGAGUUCUACAAGUGGAUUAAUAUUUGAUAAAAUUGAUAAAAAUGUUCUUAAUCUAAUUGAAUAUAAAUCAAUAAAUGAAGCUCAACAUUUAUUUCAUUUGGGAUAUUUAUUUGGAAUUAUUGAUAUUGGUGAAAAUUUUACUCGAGAAAUUUUUGAUAAAGUACAGUCUUGUUCAUUUUCUGACGUACAUAAAUAUAAUGAUUCUCAAAUGAUAAUCUAUUUAGAUGAAACAAAUCGACAAAUGGUUUAUACAAUUGCUGAAGAAUUUAUUCGAGUUUUUAAAAUUAUUGAUAUAGAUUUUAAUCUGGGACUUUUUGCGUCUACUUCAUCAAAUCACUCAUUAUUUAAAUUAGGGCAAUUUCAAAAUCAUCUACCAAAAAUUGAAUAUACUUUUACACAUUUUAUGAUACCUGGUAUUAUUCUUUCUGUUAUUUUUUUCUUCAAUGUUGCUCUUACUGCUCUUUCAAUUGUCACUGAACAAAGUGACGGAACACAAGAGCGUGUAUGGAUAACAGGCGUGAAAUCCAAUCAAAUUAUUCUUAGCCAACUGAUAAUACAUUCAUUGAUACUUAUUAUUCAAAUAGUAAUUGUUUUAUUUACUUCAUUAUUCAUUUUCGAGAUUCCAUUAAGAGGUAGUUUAUUGUAUCCAUCAUUACUUUGUAUAAUACAAGGCUUUUGUGGCAUGACAUUUGGAUUAGUUAUUUCAACAAUUUUUACAACAGAAAUCAAUGCUCAUCAAGUUACAAUGUCUAUUUUCUAUCCCGUAUUACUUCUAAGCGGUAUUGUAUGGCCACUUGAAGGGCAACCGAUAUGGAUGCGAACAAUAUCAGCAUGGUUGCCGAUGACAAAAGCUAUUGAUGCUAUGCGCGGUACACUUUUAAAAGGAUGGUGUAUUCAACAUUUAGUUGUACAACAGGCGUUCAUGGUUUCAUUUCUUUGGUCUAUGGUCUUUCUUAUCUUAACACUUCUUAUUUUUAAUUGUCGUCGUUUAUAA